AUGAGCGGCGGCGGCAGCAACAGCAGCAGCGGCGGCGGCGCGGCGCCCGGCCCGGGCUCGGGUUCGGGUUCCUCCCCGGCCGCCUGCCGCUUCGCGCACUACUUCGUGCUGUGUGGGAUCGACGCGGACAGCGGGUUGGAACCCGACGAGCUGGCGGGUGAAAAUUUUGACCAGAGUCCUUUGAGAAGAACGUUCAAGUCCAAAGUUCUGGCUCACUAUCCUCAGAACAUCGAGUGGAACCCUUUUGAUCAGGAUGCUGUGAACAUGCUGUGCAUGCCCAAAGGGCUGUCAUUCAGGACACAAGUGGACAACAAGGACCCCCAGUUCCACUCAUUUAUCAUUACCCGAGAGGACGGUUCCCGCACCUAUGGUUUUGUUCUCACUUUUUAUGAAGAAGUCACAAGUAAACAGAUCUGCACCGCGAUGCAGACACUGUACCAGAUGCACAACGCUGAGCAUCCCAGCAGCGUACACGCCUCGUCCUCCUGUAGCAUGGACUCCCUGGCCAGCAGCAUCGACGAUGGCGACACAACCUCCCUCCUGAAACUCCAGCGCUACAACUCGUACGACAUCAACAGAGACACCCUGUAUGUUUCCAAAAGCAUCUGCCUCAUCACCCCGCUCCCGUUCAUGCAGGCCUGCAAGAAAUUCCUGCUGCAGCUUUACCAGGCAGUCACCUCCCAGCAGCCCCCACCCUUGCCACUGGAGAGCUACAUCCAUAAUAUUCUCUACGAGGUGCCCCUUCCACCGCCGGGGAGGUCGCUGAAAUUUUACGGUGUUUACGAACCUGUCAUCUGCCAGAGACCUGGCCCCAACGAACUCCCGCUGUCUGAUUACCCUCUGAGAGAGGCCUUUGAGCUGCUCGGACUGGAGAACCUGGUGCAGGUGUUCACCUGUGUGCUGCUGGAGAUGCAGAUUCUUCUCUACUCACAAGAUUACCAACGCCUCAUGACGGUGGCCGAAGGCAUCACCACGCUUCUGUUCCCGUUUCAGUGGCAGCACGUGUAUGUGCCCAUCCUGCCCGCCUCUUUGCUGCAUUUCCUUGAUGCCCCUGUCCCUUAUCUGAUGGGCCUUCAGUCGAAAGAAGGAACUGACCGUUCUAAACUAGAACUGCCUCAAGAGGCUAAUUUGUGCUUUGUGGAUAUUGACAACCAUUUUAUUGAGUUGCCUGAAGAAUUCCCGCAGUUUCCCAACAAAGCGGAUUUUAUCCAGGAGCUCUCAGAAGUCCUGCUUCAAUUCGGCAUCCCUCCCGAGGGCAGCGUGCACGGCAGUGAGAGCAACACCAAACUGAAGAACCUGGUUCUGAAAGACCUGGUCAACGACAAGAAGAAUGGCAACGUCUCCCCGAAUAGCAUCAGCGUGUAUGAACUCCUGAAGGGCAACGAAACCAUGGCUCGCCUGCAGGCUCUGGCCCAGCGGACAGGCGUGACUGUGGAGGAGAUGGAGCUCUCUUCUCCCGUGGGAGAAAAAGAAAAGGAUUCCAAACUGCAGUGUGAAGAGGCAGAGCUCAGGGACUACCAGCUAAAUGUGCAGCUCCGCGAGGUCUUCGCUAACCGCUUUAUCCAGAUGUUUGCAGAUUACGAAGCCUUUGUGAUUCAGACUGCUCAGGACCUGGAGUCCUGGCUCACCAACCGAGAGCAGAUGCAGAACUUUGACAAAGCUUCCUUUCUGUGUGACCAGCCUGAACCUUACCUGCCAUUUCUCUCACGCUUUAUUGAAACUCAGAUGUUUGCCACCUUUAUCGAUAAUAAAAUCAUGUCUCAGUGGGAAGAGAAGGACUCUUUGCUUCGGGUCUUUGACUCUCGGAUUGAGAAGAGAAGACUGUAUAAUGUGAGGGCACCUACCUUGCGAACAUCCAUAUAUCAGAAAUGCAGCACUUUAAAAGAAGCAGCACAGUCAAUUGAGCAGAGACUGAUGAAAAUGGAUCACACUGCCAUCCAUCCACAUCUCCUCGACAUGAAAAUUGGUCAAGGCAAAUACGAGCAAGGAUUCUUCCCAAAGUUACAGUCCGAUGUCUUGGCCGCAGGACCAACCAAUAACAACCGCUGGGUGAGUCGCAGCGCCACGACGCAGCGCCGGAAGGAGCGGCUUCGCCAGCACUCGGAGCACGUUGGCCUGGACAGCGACCUGCGGGAGAAAUACAUGCAAGAGGCAAGAAGUUUAGGGAAGAACCUGAGACAACCCAAAUUGUCAGACCUCUCUCCUGCGGUGAUUGCACAAACCAACUGGAAGUUUGUAGAAGGCUUGCUAAAAGAAUGUCGGAUGAAGACAAAACGAAUGUUGGUGGAGAAAAUGGGACACGAAGCCGUAGAACUGGGCCAUGGAGAAGCCAACCUCACAGGCUUGGAGGAGAAUACCCUGAUUGCCAGCCUCUGUGACCUCCUGGAACGAAUCUGGAGCCAUGGCCUGCAGGUCAAGCAGGGGAAGUCAGCCUUGUGGUCACAUUUAAUUCAGUUUCAGGACAGGGAAGAGAAACAGGAGCACCUUGCAGAAUCCCCAGUUGCCCUGGGACCAGAAAGAAGGAAGUCUGACUCGGGCGUCGUGCUCCCCACACUCAGGGUCUCCUUGAUCCAGGACAUGAGGCACAUUCAGAACAUGAGUGAGAUCAAGACCGACGUCGGCCGAGCCCGGGCGUGGAUCAGGUUGUCACUGGAAAAGAAGCUGCUGUCCCAGCAUCUCAAGCAGUUGCUCUCUAACCAGCCCCUCACCAAGAAGCUGUACAAGCGUUACGCUUUCCUGCGUUGCGAGGAGGAGCGCGAACAGUUUCUUUACCACCUCCUUUCCCUCAACGCCGUGGACUAUUUCUGCUUCACCAGCGUGUUCACCACCAUCAUGAUUCCUUAUCGGUCAGUGAUCAUCCCCAUCAAAAAACUGAGCAACGCGAUCAUCACCUCCAACCCCUGGAUCUGCGUGUCAGGAGAGCUGGGGGACACGGGAGUGAUGCAGAUCCCCAAAGCGCUUCUCGAGAUGACUUUCGAGUGCCAGAACCUGGGGAAACUGACAACUGUCCAGCUUGGUCACGACAACUCAGGGCUGUUGGCCAAGUGGCUGGUGGACUGUGUCAUGGUCAGAAACGAAAUCACAGGACACACGUACCGCUUCCCCUGUGGUCGGUGGCUGGGGAAAGGCAUUGAUGACGGGAGCCUGGAGAGAAUUCUGAUUGGAGAACUGAUGACUUCAGCCUCUGACGAGGACCUGGUAAAGCAGUGUCGGACUCCACCCCAGCAGAAGUCUCCCACCAUGGCUCGGAGACUGAGCAUCACCUCCCUAACAGGAAAGCCGGCCAAACCCAGUGCCGGACAGAUCCAAGAAGGCAUUGGCGAAGCUGUGAACAAUAUCGUGAAACAUUUUCACAAACCUGAGAAAGAGAGAGGAAGCCUCACAGUCCUGCUGUGCGGGGAGAACGGCCUGGUGGCAGCGCUGGAGCAGGUUUUCCACCAUGGGUUCAAGUCGGCCCGCAUCUUUCACAAGAACGUCUUCAUCUGGGACUUCAUAGAGAAAGCAGUUACCUAUUUUGAAACCACUGACCAGAUUCUGGACAAUGAAGAUGAUGUCCUUAUCCAGAAAUCAUCCUGCAAAACCUUCUGCCACUAUGUGAACGCCAUCAACACUGCACCCAGAAACAUUGGGAAGGACGGCAAAUUCCAGAUUUUAGUCUGUCUUGGAACACGGGAUCACCUCCUCCCACAGUGGAUCCCACUGCUGGCCGAAUGUCCCGCCAUCACUAGGAUGUACGAGGAGAGUGCCCUCCUGCGGGACCGCAUGACUGUCAACUCCCUCAUCCGGAUCCUGCACACCAUCCAGGACUUCAGCAUCGUCUUAGAAGGUUCGCUGAUCAAAGGGGUGGACGUGUAGCCCCGCUGGCUAGAACCUCUGUCCUGACCCCUGGCUCCCGAGCCUGCCCCCGCCGUGGGGACCCAUCGGAACUUGUCUGGCUAAGUGAGUCAGUGCAGGGAGCAGCACGCCGGAUGCUCCAGUUGGAAUGAUGCUCACUCUACAGGCCAGGCAAAAUGCUGUAUUGUAGUUCAUUUGAACCUGGAAUUUAGUAUAAAAUAGAGUAUUUUCAUGUGCUAGAUGUGUGUAAAUAUACUAUCUUCUUUAAGAAAUUAUAUU